AUGGGUUCACUCGACUUACACCCACUACAGCACAUUCGCAAGGUGCUAAUAGCGAAUCGCGGCGAGAUUGCUGUUCGCUGUAUAAAUGCCUGCCGAAAACUCGGACUUCAUGUUGUCUCAGUGUUUACCAACGCAGAUGCAACUUCUCUGCAUGUGAAGUUGGCAGACGAAGCAAUCCUUUUACCGGGCGAGGAUAGCUCGGCUUAUACAGAUGGGGAUGCCAUAUUGGACAUUUGCAAGCGCACAGGUGCAAAUGUCGUGUUUCCCGGAUAUGGCUUUCUCAGUGAAAACGCAGAGUUCGCUGACACAAUUUCCUCUGCUGGUAUCGUCUUCGCUGGCCCCUCCACGGCUUCAAUAAGAGCCAUGGGCCUAAAGCACGAAGCCAGAGGUAUCGCACAAUCUGCCAAUGUCCCAGUCAUCCCUGGCACUCAACUCUUAGCGUCUGCUGAAGAAGCUACAAAAGCGGCGACAGAGUUGGGUUUCCCGGUGAUGCUGAAAGCCACUGGAGGCGGCGGUGGCAUGGGUCUUCAGAUCUGCAAUUCAGCAGAUGAGAUUGCGAAAGCUUUUGCUAUGGUCGAGAGUCGCGCUGGUACUCUCUUCAAGAACAAAGGAGUAUUCUUGGAGAAGUACUACCCUCGUUCUCGUCAUAUCGAAGUCCAGGUUGCAGGCAACGGUGAGAUUGUUGUCGCUUUCGGAGAACGCGAGUGCUCGCUACAAAGACGCCAUCAGAAAGUGGUCGAGGAGUCUCCAAGUCCAUUCUUGGAACGUCAUGCCGGAUUACGUGAAAGAAUGCUCGACUCAGCCAUCAACUACGCACUGCAGCUGAAGUACAAGAGCGUUGGCACAGUUGAGUUUCUUGUUGACGACGACACUGCACAGUUCUUCUUUCUCGAGAUGAACACUCGAUUACAAGUGGAGCACGGUAUCUCUGAGCUGUGCUACGGAGUUGACUUAGUCGAGUUGAUGUUAAGACAAGCAGAUUACGAACUUCAAGGCCAACUUGGCAUCCCCUCUGAGACUCUUAAGGGACUCGGCAGACCGCAGCCUCUUGGCUCAGCGAUCGAAGUUCGUGUUUAUGCCGAGAUACCACUCUGCAACUUCGCACCCAGUCCUGGUGUUCUCCAACACGUCCAUUGGCCGCAAGGCGAUGGUGUGCGAGUCGACACUUGGGUCCAAAGCGGCCAGCGCAUCACUCCCCUCUACGACCCGUUAAUUGGUAAAGUUAUGGUCCACAGCCCCGAUGGUCGAGAAGCUGCGCGACGCAAGAUGCUCUCAGUUCUGGCGGAUACGAAACUCCAGGGGACUCAGUCUAACCUGGAGUACCUCUCUGCAAUUCUCGACUCGGAGUUAUUCGAAAGUGGAAACACUCUGACCAAUUCGCUAUCAACUUUUCACUUCAAGAGUUGCUCUGUGCAAGUGCUUGAGCCUGGUGUAUCCACCACGAUCCAAGAUUAUCCCGGUCGCGUCUCUGUUGGACACGGCGUACCCCCAGGAGGGCCCAUGGAUGAUCUUAGUGCUCGGAUAGCAAACAUUCUGGUCGGCAACGAUGAAGGGGUUGAGUUAUUGGAGGUUACCCUAUCUGGUCCCAAGUUGCUGUUUCAUGAGGCUGCGAUUGUCAGUGUUUGUGGUGCCGAGCUUCCCAUUGCGGUUGAUGGCAGCCCACAGCCGCUGUGGUCCAGACUUGUGAUCAAACAAGGUCAGACUUUGAGUCUAGGCAAAGUCACUGGAAGUGGUGCGCGAGCAUACCUCGCUGUUAGAGGUGGCUUCCCAGACGUCCCAGCGUUCCUCGGCUCCAAGUCAACCGCCCCAGAGCUUGGCUUCGGGGGCUACCAAGGUCGAAAACUUCAGACACACGAUAUCCUCGCCCUAAGCCCUGAUUCCAAAGCUCAAGCAGCUAAAGCGACAACGGUCACCCUUUCGUCCCAUCAUGUACCCAAAUUCGGAAGCACCACUAUCUGUUGUAUCGACGGGCCGUACGGUUCUGAUGAUAUUCUGACAGAGGAGGGAUCGAAGACACUGUAUGAAGGGGAAUGGAGUGUCAGUCAUAACAGUGGCCGAAGUGGUAUACGCUUGGAAGGACCGCGAUUGAAGUGGGCUCGAACAUCUGGAGGAGGUGGGGGAUCACAUCCAUCAAAUGUGUUCGAGUACGGGUAUCCCAACGGCGGUGUCAACUUUACUGGAGAGUCUCCCAUCAUAUUUGCUAAUGACCGGCCUGAUCUUGGUGGUUUUGUCUGCCCAACGACAAUAUGCUCUGGAGAGAUGUGGAAGCUUGGUCAACUCAAACCCGGCGACACCGUUCGGCUGCAAUCUGUAUCAUACGAGGAUGCUCUGAAGAUCACUCAUGAGAAAAACUCCUAUCUUGCAGCUCUGGCAGCCUUCGCUGAUGGAAAGUCUGGGUAUGUAAGUGCUCUCCAAACGGCCAUUGCCGCUAAGGCCCCAUCCUCCAUUCUGCAUCAGUCACACGCAAGGGGCGUCCAUCCCCAGGUGAUAUAUCGUCAAGGGGGUGAUACCAGUAUAAUCGUUCAGUAUGGCAACCAGACUUCGGACUUGCGAAACACAGUCUGUGUCCAACUGCUCACUCAGCAGCUGGCGGCUGCGAAACUGCCCAGUGUGCGAGGCGAUCCUAACAUUUCCACCCUCACUGUACGCUUUGAUCCAGUCCAUAUCGAUCGCACUGAGCUUCUCCAACAGCUUCUGACUUUUGAUUCGAACAUUGGCGAUACUAGCGGGGUGAAAAUUCCUGCUCGACAAAUAAGGCUGCCUGUCUGCCUCGACCAUUCUUCACUCGAGGAGUCAGCGCAACGGUAUAUGGAGAACAUAAGACCGACAGCUGCAUAUCUCCCGGAUAAUGUCGAAUAUCUCCGUAAGAACAAUGCUCUGGCGACGCGCCGAGAUGUAUUGGACUCUCUUCUCAAAACACCGUGGUUGACUGUUGCCGUUGGCUUCUUCGUCGGAACGCCCAUCCUGUUCCCUCUCGACCCAUGGCGGGUGUUGACAGGUCAGAAGUAUAACCCCAGCAGAGGAUAUACGCCCAGUGGUUCGGUGGGAUUGGGAGGGUCUACAGUCGCCAUAUAUCCCGUGGCUGCACCAGGAGGAUACCAACUCAUGGGCCGAACCCUUGGUGGCUGGGAUUCGACAGGUAACAGGCCUGGCUUCUCUCCCCAGAAGCCUUGGCUCUUCAACCACUUGGAUCUGGUCAGCUUCUAUGAGGUGACUGAGCAAGAAUACAACAAGAUGGAGCGAGAUUUCGAGGCUGGUCAGUAUACCUUUGACAUUAGCGAAACAGCUAUCGAUAUGGAUCAGUACAUCGCCAAGUUUGAUGCAGCAGAGAAGGAUCCAGAGUAUGAAGCAUGGCGAGAGCGCCAAUCAAAGGCAGCCGAUGAGCUGGCUGCACUUGAGCAGAGGCUGUUCGACGAAUGGACCAUCUCAAAACAGUCUAGUGGUGGUGUAGAUGAGGAUGGCGACAUUGACUCGGACGAGAUUGCUGUGAUUGAGUCACCUGUAAAUGCGAAUGUCUGGAAAGUUCUCGUCAAGCCGGGUGAUAUCCUGGAGGCAGGACAGACCGUAGCGGUUCUUGAAGCCAUGAAGAUGGAGAUCAAUUUGGUUGUUGGUGAAGAUCAGGUCGGCGCUGAAGUAGUCAAGGUUGCUCAGCCGCCGGGAAGUGUUAUACACGUGAAAGGCCAUAUGGGUGCCCUUGCGGCCGAACAUUUACAAGACAGGAAACAAGCGGAAUCAAACCUGGCAAUAUCGCCUGACGGGGCUGUGACAACUUCACCCUCAAUCUCACAAGCUAGCGAUGAGAACAAUCAUCACAACAACCAGCUACAGUCUCAAGGAAGUUCCUCUAAUUUAAUGUCUAUGGCAGUCUCUCCCCAAGCCAUGUCUUCGCAGCAAGAUAUGAUGAGCCGAUUUUCAAUUCAUGAUCGGCCACUCGGUUAUCAAGAGCAGACACCAAGUCAUAUCUUUGAGCCACCAAAAGAUCCCAUCCACAACAGCAAUUUAACCCCAGCGGGAGCUUUGGAUAGUCUUGACUUCACGCAAUUCGAGUCGUUCAACGCAGAUAUGUUCCCUGAUGAGAUGGACAUGAUCAACAGUUAUCUCGGGGAGGUCCUCCCCCCUGAAGACUCACAUCAAGAAUUCACACCAGAUACAGCAAACUUCUUUACUCAAUCGUUUAUUCCAGAACCAGCUCUUGCCCCUGCUCCCUCAAGCCAUUUACAUCUUGAGGCACCUGGGCAUAUAGAAUCGAGCAGCGCCCCAACGUCGAUUCUACCUUUCUGCCAGAAACGACAAGCUCAAGCAGCUCCAGCUCGAAACAAGAUUGAUCGGUUGCUGGAUACUACAGAAGAUAUUGUAGCAACAAACCCCUGGGCUGUAUCGGUUGCUGCUCAUGAAAGGCUUUCCGUAGAGUUCUUGAAGCACAGGUCAGACAUACCCCAGUCAUUCACACUUCCCAGCAGACAUGCGUUAUCUCGAUAUAUCGCAAGCUGGAUACGAGGCUUUCAUCCGCAUUUACCAUUCGUCCACCUUCCGACUACCAACCUAGAAUCCAUGUCACCUGUACUUCUCUUGACGCUGGCAGCCACAGGAUCGUUCUAUGGAUUUGAGCACCCGCAGGGGUACGCCAUGUACUUCGUGGCCAAAACUAUGAUUAACCAUGAGCUAGAGGAGAGACGCCGUGCGUCAAAUCGCCAUAUUCUCAACGGCUUUCCUCGUUUUGCAGCUCUCCCUACAAGCUCCACAGAAGUUUACGAUCCGCCAACAAAUCACGCUGCGGUUCUAACCAAAUUCGACAUUGAGCUAUUACAAUCCUUGCUAAUUGCCGUGAUGACUAUGUCAUGGCUGGACGGACCACUUGCAGAGGAAGCACUCGCUAUGAGUAGCCAGUUAACUACGCUCACACGCGACAUCUUGAAACGUCUACCCGAGAAACAUCACAAUGAUACAUGGGAGAAUUGGGGCCGCGAUGAAGAAAGGCGACGCACCCUUCUCUCGGCAUAUUUCACAUUAAAUAUUCAAACCAUCUGCUUCAAUGUACCGCCUCAGAUGACAGCUACAGAGUUUAGCUUCGAACUUCCUUGCUCCGAAGCUGAGUUCAACGCACCGGACUCGGAAACAUGGAAUCGUGUACGACGAAAGGUCGACCCACGCAAGCUCAACUUCCAGUCAUGCUUUAAGCAAUUACUGUCCGGAGAACCACUCGCCCAGGAGGUCUCUGCAACAGAGUUUGGCAAUUAUAUGCUUAUCCAGAGUUUGCUGAUACAGAUCUACUUUGAGCGUCAAGUGUCGUCUGCACUGUUGUCUUCAUCGCCAAGUCUGUCGGAGAGUACCAUUGCGACUUAUGCUGCUGCACUCGGUGCCUGGCAAUCUUGCUGGGACUCUGCUAUCGAAUCUGCGCCCGAUCCCUCCUCUAGAAACUCGCCACUACCUUUCAACUCGACUGCUAUGCUCCGACUAGCUCAUAUUCAUCUUGGGUUUGGCCUGUACAGUCAAUGCGAGUUGCUAUCUCGAGAUCCUAUCGUCAAAGCUCAAGUGUUCGAACCGUAUCGGAAUCCAUUACCUCUGCGUGCUCCGCACCUUGAUCAAGCUGUUCUUCAUGCUAUCUACGCUUUAAGAAUCCCUGUGAGAGUCGGCAUUGCGUUCGUGGCACGUGGCCGUACAGGUCAUUGGAGUGUCCAGCAUGCUAUCAGUCACUUUGGAUGCGCCCUUCUACUUACCCACUGGCUUGAAAAUAUUUAUCAGCUAGUUCUGUCGGAUGGGGCAUCAGCUCUCAGAGAGGAGGAAAAGCGCCUGCUUUCUAUGGUCGACCGUCUAGUCGAGGAAACUCACCUAGAGGCUUCGCUGGGGCCCAAAUCUGAUUUUCCUGGCAGGAUAAGACGUUUGGCUAUCGCAGCAGUGAAGCUUUGGGCUGAAACUUGCAAAGGCAUACAGGUCUAUGAGAUCGUGCAUGUCGUUGGAGAAACACUUUCCCUAGUGGCAGAGUCACUAGAAAAGCAGAUCUAG